AUGGGUACCGGAAAGAAAGAAGCGUCUCGCCGCAGCCGCGAGGGAAAGCAGAAGGAUGGCAACAUCAAGGUCAAGGGCGAGAACUUUUACCGCUCAGCCAAAAAGGUGAAGCAGCUGAACAUGUACAAGGAGGGCAAGGCGCAGCGCGAUUCCGAAGGCAACAUCACCAAGGCCGCCUCCUACCAGAGCCGCGACAUCCCCACCGCUGUCAUCGAGCCCAACCGCCGAUGGUUUCAGAACUCGCGUGUCAUCAGCCAGGAAUCCCUGACGGCCUUCCGCAGCGCCAUGGCCGAGCAGGCCAAGGACCCCAACCGCUUCCUCCUCAAGAGCGCCAAGCUGCCCAUGUCCCUGAUCCGCGACGAGACGUCCACCACGAAGCAGAAGCCCGUCCUCGCCGACUCCUUUGCCGACGUCUUUGGCGACAAGGCCACCCGCAAGCGUGUGACGAUGAAAGAUUUUAGCACGCUCGAUGACCUGGCAGACACCGCGCGGCUGAGCAUGCGGUCCUUUAAUGACCGCCGCUCGGCCCUCGUCCAGAACGGCCUACUGAGCGCCGCCGCUGCUGCGAGUGAGGGCGUGGAGUCGGCCAUCGUGGAUAAGGCCCUGGAAGAGCUGGACUAUGUGCCGCCAGAGGUGGGCCACGAGGAAGCCGAUGCCUCGUCGGGUUCGCGGAUGGAGCCUAUAUUCAGCAAGGGCCAGAGCCGGCGUAUCUGGAACGAGUUGUACCGGACAAUCGACUCGUCCGAUGUCAUUAUCCACGUCUUGGACGCCCGGGACCCCAUCGGCACUACAUGCCGGACCAUUCAAGACUACAUUAAGAAUGAUGCGCCGCAUGUGAGUAUCUCACGCUGA